AUGUCUUCUGAAGUCCAACCCAUCACACUCUGGGGCAAAUCGGGCCCCAACCCCCUCAAAGUCGAGAUCCUUAUUCGAGAACUGGGCGUCGCAUACACAGUCAACCCUAUCCCGUUCUCCGAUAUCAAGAAACCAGAAUAUCUAGCCGUGAACCCGAACGGCCGACUUCCUUCUAUCCAGGACCCGAAUACGGGGCUCACGCUUUGGGAGUCUGGCGCGAUUAUUGAAUACCUCAUCGAAAAGUACGACAAAGAACAUCGCCUGAGCUUCCAGCCUGGGACGCCAGAGUUCUACCACGCCAAGCAGUGGCUGUACUUUCAAACAACUGGCCAAGGGCCGUACUAUGGGCAGAUGACUUGGUUCAAGAAGUUCCACCCGGAGAAGGUGCCCAGUGCUGUGGAGAGGUAUGCCGGCGAGAUCAAACGCGUGAUGGGUGUGCUGGAAAGUCAUCUGCAGAAGCAGAAGGAGGAAUUCGGCGAGGAAAGAAUUUGGUUGGUGGGAGGAAAGCUGUCGUUUGCGGACCUGGCCUUUAUCCCGUGGCAGAGGAUGGCGGGGAUGUUCUUGAGCAAGGAGGAGCUUGAUGAUGAGCAGUUUCCGCUUGUCAAGGGGUGGGUGAAGAGAAUGGUGGACAGGGAUGUGGUGAAGAAGACGUUGCAGGAGAACAACUUUUAG